AUGGAUGAAGUAGAACAGCUAAAAAAAGAAGCAGAAGAAAACAAUUCUUUAAACAGUAAACUAAAAGAGGAGUUGAAAGAAAAUAUGUCUCGUAUUAAAGAUUUGGAAACUGAACUUGAAGAAGCCGAUGGAAUAAUUGAUAAACAGAGAGAUUUAGUGUUUAAUUUUACUAAAAGUUUAGUAAUAAAAGAAAGAGAAUUUGACAAAUUAAGCGAAUCAUAUGAUGAAGAACAUGAAAAAUUGAGAAAAGAAACUAAAAAAAAUACAGUCAAAGAUGAAAAAAUAAAAGAAUUAGAAUGA